CUUGCUUGCUGUUAUCUAGCCUUCACUACCUACCUUGAUUGCCCAGGAAUUGUCUGGUUCGCUUCUAUUUUCAGGUCCUAGAGUCUCGCCGUCGUACGAAUAUAUCUGCAUCUGUCUAUGCGCCUUGUCCCGUGAAAGUGCUGCAAAUCGCCAGUCCUGGGCCACUUCCGUCCCUUCUUCCCAUGGCACAAUAUCGACAUGGCGGCCUUGAACUCUCCCAGCAGCUGGCUCUUGUAUAGGGAUCAGGUUAUCGACAACCUACGCCUCAUCAGUCCCCGACGCGCCAUAGUCGGUGUGGUCACAUCGAAUAACCCAUCCCGGAACAGUUGGACGGCGCACGCGAUCCAAUGUCACCACGGCAAGAGAACGAACAUGAUGAGCGCCGAUGGGCACAGCGAAAGUGUCGCCAUGGAAAAGCUACAUGUCCAAUCGGCUCUCGCAGUGCAUCACUUCCUGGCCACGAACGGCGUCAGCUAUCCCCCCCAUUUUAAGGUGCAAUCCGUCGGGGGCCUUGAUGAUGAUGAUGAUGAUGAUGAUGAUGAUGAUGCGGGGGAUGGAUGCUCCUCUGGCGACAACCGAGGCAGGGCGCAAUCCCUCACUGCUCUCGGGGCCUCGGAACUGGUGUCCCUGUGCGACAGCGGCUCCGAGGCAAGCGACGACCAAGUCAUGCAAAUGCGACGACGCAGACCGAAACGCAGGACUUCCGCCACUAUCCUGCUUUCGUCGCAAAGCCGCGGUGGUUUGAAGCGGCAGGGGCAGCGGCAGGAGCGGCGGCGGCCGGUGAGGGUCAGGAUCCACACCACGUCGUCUGAGGACAGUGACAACGAUGAUGGCGACGAGACGAGGAGUCCUCCCAGUCCAAAAAUCAAGCCAAAAGUCGUGAUACCGACUGAAUUUGCCGAGCCAUCGGCCCCGCCCACGUUUACAGUCCUCCUUCUUUCCGGACCUUCAGAUUCAGUGUCUCCAGCUUCCUUUCCCCCACCCCCUCCAGCUCCAGCUCCAGCUCCACCUUCGUCGCGUCCAUGCUCCAACUUCCAUGCUCGCGUCAGACUCUUGAGCUCGAACCUCUCGCAUGGUGUAGAACAGCGACACGGCGACGACUUUGUCACUACCCUACCUCUUCCCACCUUGCGCUCUCUGCUGGAUGCAGUGGCUGCGCACGUCUAUGCUAGUGCUCGCGCCUCUUCCAACGGGUCCCGGCCGUCAGCCAGGGUGACCAUCCGCGUGCGAUUGCGGCGUGCUAGAGUGGAGGGUGUCAUGUGCGAUCUGUCAGGCUUCCGGUCAGACGAUCUGGGAGUGGUUUUUGAGGGGGCAGCACGGGAGAAGGGUUUGCCGUUCUUUGAGGUGGAAGCUGAAACAAUGCAGCCGGCAUCCUAGUCAGAUUACGAGUGAGUAGAGCUGUAGCACAGUAGCCGUGUUGUACGACGUACUCUUCUUCAAUCCCCACUGGCACUUUCACAUCCC